AUGAAAAUUCAACUCAAGCGCACCGCUGGGUUUGGUUUUCUGAAGACUGUCAGCAACCAUCCGAAACCCGACGAUGAAGCAGUCAUCGCUAUGGCUCGAGUCGAAGAUGACGUUAGUUCCUGGUUCCAUGACUCUAUUCAAGAUCUUCCAGUCACUCACAAGAGCCUGAAGAUCGCCACUAAGAAGGAUGCCGUGCUCCAGAAGAUAAUUUCCUACGCACAGGGUUCCUGGCCAUCACGGUGCGAAAGUAUCAAAGAUGUAGAAGUUCGAUCUUUCUUCAGCCGUCGAGAUUCCUACUCCGUAAUUGACGACUGUAUCAUGAUGGCGGAUCGAAUUGUAGUUCCCAAAAGCCUGCAGAAAAGGAUCCUCAAGCAAGUUCAACAAGGACAUCCUGGCAUCGAACGGGCAAAAGCUAUCGCUCGUGGAAUCGUUUUCUGGCCGACAAUAGAUGAAGACAUCACCAACUACGUUCGUAGAUGCCCAAGCUGUGCGAAUGCUGUAAAAUCUCCACCACAUGCUCAACUACAACCGUGGCCCCGAGCUGAAGGACCCUGGCAACGACUCCACUUCGAUUUCGCUGGACCUGUGGAUGGAAAAUACUAUUUAGUUGUGGUGGAUUCUUUCUCAAAGUGGUCGGAAAUACUGCAAACUCGUUACCCGACUAUUUCCACAACGACCACAUUUCUUCGAGAAUGCUUCGCAAGAUUUGGAAUUCCUACAGUCAUUGUGUCGGACAAUGGAAGCCAGUUCACCAGUGCUGAAUUCCGUGAUUUCUGCGAAGGAUUUGGGAUCGUCCAUUUCCGUACAGCUCCGUAUCAUCCACAAUCAAACGGGCAAGCGGAGAGGUUUGUGGACACCUUGAAAAGAUCGCUGAAGAAAAUUGUCGACGGAGGAGAGAGGUCAACUCUUACUGCACUUCAAACGUUCCUGUACGUCUACAGAUCCAUUCCAUCAGCGGUUCUGAGUGGACAAUCUCCAGCCGAGGUAAUGCUUGGACGCAAGAUGAGGACAACUUUGGACCUGUUACGACCGUCACCCAAACCAGAAUUUCACCCACAACAUCAACCAGUCAAGCGAAGUUUCGUAGCUGGUGCUCGAGUUUAUGCUAAAGUCUACUCUGCAAACGAGAAGUGGAAGUGGAUGCCCGGUGUUGUACUCGAAGCUAUUGGCAACGUCAACUACAACAUAUUAUUGGACUGCCAAGUUGGUCGACGCAAAGUGCUACGUUCGCACAUUGAUCAACUCCGAACGGAAAUGGAAGAAGUUGCUCCUGCACCAGCAUCUUGA